UCAUGGACGGAACCCGGUGAGUUUGUGAUGUGUAAGGAGGAUUCGUUCCAGCCAUGACCAAACACCACUGCAGGGCAAUUUUGUACUUCUGCAUCUGUCCAAUGAUGUCCAGUGGUUCCAUCAUUUAAUCCCAGGCACAGACGCUCAAUUUUCGAGCUCUCGCAUUUCCCGGAACCACCCUGGAUGACGGGGUCCCUGGUUUCCCCUCCCCCGGCAUCGCUGAGCGCGGCAUUGACACCCGCACAGUCCCAUACUUCACCUCUGUCUAGACGCGCCGAUGAUCUUCCGAAGAUAAGUCCAUUCCUCCGGGGUUUGAUAACCAGGAUCGGAUUGUCGUUGGCCUACCGUGGUUCCGAACCCCGUAUGGAGCGACCUACUGAUCGUCCUGCGGAGUAGCCUUUCUGAUACCUGUGCUUUCUUGGCCUUUCAUUGGCGGAUCCCCCAACCCCUAUGGAUUCUAGAUCAAAAUGUCAAUCACUUCAAGGCUCCUUUGUCAGCGGAAUUGAAUAUAUCCUUCAAACUGAAAUCUGUUGCAAACGGAGACACGGGAGCGCUAGAAGUACGUCACGCUGGGGAAAUCGGCUUCUUUUGAGACUCGACUUGUCGGGCUAAUUGUUAGACUGGAGGUUAUUUGAGUUGGUUUCGGGCCCGCUUUCCGCCUAGUAACGCGGGAGCAUCGCAGAGAUGACUCGAAUGGGCAUCGUAUGUUCUGUCAAGUGUCGAUCAUGAGCCGUCUAUAUUGGCAGAAGGAGGAUUCAUUGUAGCAUUUUACAUCGUAGUGCGAUCAUAU